AUGCAACUGAGCUUGAUGGAGUGCUUGGGCUCUCCUCCAGAGUCGGAUGCCGAAGUCUCCGUGAGUGCCCAAACUCUGGCUGGGGGAGGACUGGUGCGUAGAUAUAUGCAAGCCAACUCAGUGCCGGCGCACCUGGGAAACCUUUACCGUCUAGCAGUGCUAGGUGAAAGGCAGGGCAGCGCAAGACCAGAUACCUUUUCCGAGGAGCUGAAGACGAAGUGGAAGGAGGUGCAGCAAAAUACCGCAAGACAAGCCGGAGGGCCACUGGGGCCAGCUGGGGGGGCGUUAGAGUCGUCCAUUGACUGA